CCUGUGGUAUGAGGCGAAUCCAACCACAGAGGACCAGGAUAACAUACGGAGAUGACGCAGCUGUGGGGAAGUGGCCAUGGCAGGUGCAGCUGACGCGUGCAGAAACCAACAGUUUUGUGUGUGGAGGGACUCUCGUCGGUGGACAGUUUGUCGUGACAGCGGCUCACUGCCUGGAGCCCUUCAACUCUCAAAUUUAUUCCAAUAAUCCCUGGUGGGAAGACUACGGUGUCGUGCUGGGCGGACGGCGCAGUGCGUACUCUCCGUUUGAGGAAGGGAGAGAAGUGCCUGGCAUCAGACAUGCGGUUAUUCAUAAAGAUUACGACAAGGGCAGCACGAAGAACGACAUUGCCGUACUUCAACUGAAAUCCUACGAAGACAACGACUACAUCAACAGCGCGUGCCUCCCAGAAGUGGACACCGAGUUUGGCACCAACUCCCACUGCUUCAUCACGGGAUGGGGGAACACUGAAAAUGGUACACUGGCAGACUUCCUGCAAGAGGCCAGGGUUGGCCUCAUACCAGAUAGCGCAUGCCUGUCGAAUGCCUCGUACGGAUCAAGGUUCUAUCAGGAGGAGAUGAUCUGUGCAGGCUACUGGGAUGGCAAGGUCGACACCUGUCAAGGAGAUUCAGGUGGCCCAUUAGUUUGUGCGCGGGAGGAUAACCGAUGGUAUCUGACCGGAGUUACGAGUUGGGGUGACGGUUGUGGAAUUGCCAGGAAACCGGGAAUAUCCGCCAGGGUCACCAACUACAUUGACUGGAUAAAGAGCAUCAUGAACAACACCUACGCCUGUAGCUGGGAUGGGAGUUACACGUGUGAGGACACUGGGGCCUGCAUCCCUGGUAGUCUCCGAUGCGAUGGCAAGAUAGACUGUGAGAACGGCGAUGACGAGCAGGAUUGUCAAGAUUCCGGUCCAUCGUCCCUGGAAAUACGACUUGUUGGAGGGGCAACGGAAUAUGAGGGUCGCGUAGAGAUCCAAAGCAGCAACGGUACCGGACAAUGGGGAACAAUCUGCGACGACGACUUCGACUUUAAUGCCGCAAGAGUUGUCUGCAGACAACUUGGAUAUGGCUUUCCACUACAAUACACGAGUUCAGACGUGUUUGGGCAGGGUAGCGGUUCUAUCUGGUUAGACGAUGUGCAGUGUGAGGGAGACGAGGAGACAUUACUGGACUGUCGUUCCAACGACUGGGGCGAGCAUGACUGUAGCCACUACGAAGAUGUAGGGGUCAUCUGUUCAAAUACAACAGGCAACGUGUCUUUGGAAGUACGGCUUGUUGGAGGAUCCAGCGCGAACGAGGGCCGUGUAGAGAUCCGGUUAGGUAACGGAGAAUGGGGAACAGUCUGUGAUGACAGCUUUGAUAUCAAUGCCGCUAACGUCGUCUGCAGACAACUUGGAUAUGGCAAUGCUGCUUCGUACGAAAGCUGGGCUUAUUUCGGACAGGGUAACGGUUCUAUUUGGCUAGACGAUGUUGAGUGCGACGGAGAUGAGGAGACUCUACUGGACUGUUCAUCAGGUGGAUGGAGUCAGCACAACUGUGGCCACUCUGAAGACGUCGGAGUCGUCUGCUUGGAUUGCUCCCAACCCGGAGUGAUUCCGUGUGGCAACGGAAGGUGUUUCCUGGAGAGUCAAAGAUGUGACAGGGUGGACAACUGUGGGGACAAGACAGACGAGAGAGGCUGUUUCAGUAGGGUUGUCUCUGCCGACUUGACCUUACCUGGUGAAGUUUUCAGUGAGGACCUUAACGACAGGAAUAGCCCGCGGUACCGGAUGCUGGCAGGGACGUUGGAGAGUGAGGUAUCCAAGGCCUUUGAAGACAUCUCCACCUUUCGACAGGCAACUGUGAAGAGUUUUCGCGCCGGCAGUGUGAUUGCUGGUAUGGACAUGGAGUUUGAGAACAACGGGCAAGCUCCAGACCCGGAGACUGCGGUAGGGUCCCUCCAGCAGCACAUAGAAGAUAAUGGAGGACGUCUUGGAAACCUGAGUGUGAGCCAAGUGGACGUCGUUGCAUCCAGAGAUUCGUGUGAGCCAGUGCCAAGCGCAUUCGAAUUCUGCAGUCCCUUCAUCGAUUAUAACGUCAUUCGGUUCCCCAACCCGUUCAACCAUACCUCUCAGCUGGACAUCGCAACGUCAGCCGAGUUUCGAGACUUCUCAGCCUUGGUAGCAAACAUAUCUAUUUGCUACCCGAACAUUAACCAGGUUUACUGCCCAACGUUCUUGCCCAAAUGUGAGAGUGGUUCUCAGGUGUUCCUGUGUAGUAGUGUCUGUGAGGAGGUUAAUGCAGCAUGCGCACCACGAGGACUGUCUCUGCCGUUCUCCUGUGACGUUUUUCCUGCUGACGGAACCCAAGAGUGCAUGACCAUAGCUUCGUCGCCAUGUGAGCCAUUUCCAACCAGCUGGGAAAUCUGCAGUUCUUUCAUCGAUUACAACUACACUGGAUUCCCCAACAUGUUCAACCAUGCCUCUCAGCAGGACAUGGUGAUGUCGGCUGAGUUUCAAGGCUUAAACGCCAUUUUGGCAAACAUCUCCAUGUGUUAUCCGAACAUUUACCAGGUGUACUGCCCUAUGUUCCUGCCCAAAUGUGAAAACGGUUCUCAGGUGUUCCUGUGUAGAAGUGUCUGUGAAGAGGUAAAUGCAGCAUGCGGCCCACGAGGACUGUCUCUACCGUUCUCCUGUGACGUUUUUCCUGCUGACGGAACCCAGGAGUGUCUUACCAUAGGUGCACAGACGUGUCAGCCUGUGACUUACGACCGUUGUAGAAACAUGCCCUACUCGGAAACAGCUUUGCCUCCUGGAGUGCCGAUGGAAGCUGUUGUUGCGGUUGCAGACGGGUUCUUCGCAACAGCGGACAGGAUUGCGGGAUGCCAUCCGGACUUAGACGCGUUUGCGUGCUCAUUCUCAUUCCCGCCGUGCGCGUCUACCGGAAUUAGAUAUCCCUGUGCAUCCUUCUGCAAUGAGAUAAUUGAUGCCUGUACGGACGAGGCCAACGCAACCGGGAUUGACUGGGACCCUAAUCUCUGUGCCAUGCUUCCACCUGGCAGCUACACAGAGGACUGCUUUGCACCCCGUGAAACGUCAGAAUGUGAAGCAGUACCUUACGACCGUUGCCAAAAGAUGCCCUACUCCAACACGUCAUUCCCGAACUGGUUAGGGUGGCGAGGACCAACAGAUGCCGUCGGAAACGCAACAGAGAUAUUUGGAGCCCUCGAUCAGAUUUCCGAUUGCCACAAGGACUUGGAGUUCUUUUUGUGCUCGCUGUACUUCCCGUCAUGCACAUCGACAGGAAUCAAAUUCCCAUGUCGCUCCUUCUGCGAUGAGAUAAAUAACGCAUGCGCACUCCGAGCCCUUUCCAUGGGCAUUCCUUGGGACACCGCCGGCUGUACCACCCUGCCAGUCAGCAGCUACCAGGAGGGGUGCCUCGCUCCUCAAGCGACGUGCGAUGACUGGUCAUACGAAUGUUAUGGAUCCCCUGGAAGCUGUGUGGGUGCUUGGGAUUUCUGUGAUGGAAACGGAUUUUGUCCCUACAAUGACGACGAGCAUAGCUGCAGCAACUACACAUGCACGCCCAUUGAGCUGGGGUACUGCCAAGGAGAAGUUCCCUACAACAGAACGCUUCUCCCGAACUACUUUGGACAGGAGAGCACAAUAAUGAUUGAAGAGUCUGACAUACAUCAGAACGUGUCUCUUCUGGCUGAUACGGCUUGUCAUGAACACGUGAAAUUCCUCUACUGUCAUAUGGCAGUUCCAGAGUGCAUUAGAGAUGGUGUACGCGGCCAGCCCCUGUGUCGCACCCUGUGUGAGGAGAUCAGACAGAAUUGUGCAGAGGAAAUAAAGGAGAUUGGGUUCCAGUUUGACAAGAGCACGUGUGACAGUAUCUUUCCGGAUUCUGUUCAGAAUGAUACAUGCAAAAUGGCAAAAGAAUUCAACUGCACAUUUGACGAUGACACCUGUGAAUGGAUGGCUGGCAACAACAGCCAGGCAGCAACGCUUGAGCCAGCAUCGGAUUCUGGUAACUAUGUAUCACUAAAUGGCGCCUCGUCAAAGCUAACUAGUCCAACGAUGUACACGGACAACAAAUGCCUGAGGAUGCGGUAUUUCGUGAGAGGUGACAGCAGCAGGUUAUCAGUAUACGUGACGGGACCGGACGGUAACAGCUUCAGCACGUGGCGCCAGUCAUCUACGUAUGAUGGAGAUGGGCGGGAUGAAGAUGGGAUGGCUGAUGAUGGGCGGACUGAGGAGGAGGAACUGCAGUGGUCAUCCAUCAAUCUGAACAUCAACAAAGGAUGGCCUUGGUUCAAGGUGUCUUUGGAUGCGUAUGUAGCCGAAGAAGGGGAGGUAGGAGUUGACGAUGUUACUCUCUCCGACGGACCAUGUGAAGGAGAAGAAGUUUCUCCUGGAUGCGAGCCGAUGAAGUUCGAACGUUGCCUGGACAUGCCGUACAAUUUCACCACCUACCCGAAUGUGCUGGGCUGGGAGAGAGAACUGUCAUUCCACCUCUCCCCGGGAACCUUCCAGGCGUUUGACCAGAUCGCGGACUGCCAUCGUGAUCUGCAGUUCUAUCUCUGCUCGUUCAUCUUCCCUGAAUGUACACCUUCAGGAAUUAGACUUCCAUGCCGGUCAUUCUGUGAGAGCGUCACUUUGGCGUGCGCAGCAAGAGCGAAUGCCCUCGGCCUCACCUGGGACCCCAAUGGCUGCCAAAGCUUAUCAGAUGAUCAACCAUACUGUUCUGUACCAGAAGAAGAAUGCAGCCCGAUACCUUACGACCGUUGCCAAAUGAUGCCCUACUCCGACACGUCAUUCCCCAACUGGUUAGGGUGGCAAGGACCAACAGAUGCCGUCGGAAACGCAUCAGAGAUAUUUGGAGCCCUCGAUCAGAUUUCCGAUUGCCACAAGGACUUGGAGUUCUUUUUGUGCUCACUGUACUUCCCGUCAUGCACAUCGACAGGAGUCAUAUUCCCAUGUCGCUCCUUCUGCGAUGAGAUAAAUAACGCAUGCGCACUCCGAGCCCUUUCCAUUGGCAUUCCUUGGGACACCGCCGGCUGUACCACCCUGCCGAUCAGCAGCUACCAGGAGGGAUGCCUCGCUCCUCAAGCGACGUGCGAAGGUUGGUCAUACGAAUGUUAUGGAUCCCCUGGAAGCUGUGUGGGUGCUUGGGAGUUCUGUGAUGGAAACGGCUUCUGUCCGUACAAUGACGACGAACAUAGCUGCGGCAACUACACAUGCACGCCCAUUGAGCUGGGGUACUGCCAAGGAGAAGUUCCCUACAGCAGAACACUUCUCCCGAACUACUUUGGACAGCCGAGCACAAUGAUGAUUGAAGAGUCCGACAUACACAGGAACGUGUCUCUUCUGGCUGAUACAGCUUGUCAUGAACACGUGAAAUUCCUCUACUGUCAUAUGGCAGUUCCAGAGUGCAUUAGGGAGGGUGUACGCGGCCAGCCCCUGUGUCGCACCCUGUGUGAGGAGGUCAGACAGAAUUGUGCAGAGGAAAUAAAGGAGAUUGGGUUCCAGUUUGACAAGAGCACGUGUGACGGUAUCUUUCCGGAUUCCGUUCAGAAUGAUACGUGCAAAAUGGCAAAAGAAUUCAACUGCACGUUUGACGAUGACACCUGUGAAUGGAUGGCUGGCAACAACAGCCAGGCAGCAACGCUUGAGCCAGCAUCGGACCCUGGUAACUAUGUAUCACUGAACGGCGCCGCGUCAAAGCUAACCAGUCCAACGAUGUACACGGACAACAAAUGCCUGAGGAUGCGGUAUUUCGUGAGAGGUGACAGCAGCAGGUUAUCAGUAUACGUGACGGGACCGGACGGUAACAGCUUCAGCACGUGGCGCCAGUCAUCUAUUUAUGAUGGAGAUGGGCGGGAUGAGGAUGGGAUGGUUGAUGAUGGGCGGACUGAGGAGGAGGAAUCGGAGUGGUCAUCCAUCAAUCUGAACAUCAACAAAGGAUGGCCUUGGUUCAAGGUGUCUUUGGACGCGUAUGUAGCUGAAGAAGGAGAGGUAGGAGUUGACGAUGUUACUCUCUCUGACGGAUCAUGUGAAGGAGAAGAAGGAGUUUCUCCUGGAUGCGAGCCGAUGAAGUUCGAACGUUGCCUGGACAUGCCGUACAAUUUCACCACCUACCCGAAUGUGCUGGGCUGGGAGAGAGAACUGUCAUUCCACCUCUCCCCGGGAACCUUCCAGGCGUUUGACCAGAUCGCGGACUGCCAUCGUGAUCUGCAGUUCUAUCUCUGCUCGUUCAUCUUCCCUGAAUGUACACCAUCAGGAAUUAGACUUCCAUGCCGUUCGUUCUGUGAGAGCGUCACUAUUGCGUGCGCAGCAAGAGCGAAUGCCCUCGGCCUCACCUGGGACCCCAAUGGCUGCCAAAGCUUAUCUGAUGAUCAACCAUACUGUUCUGUACCAGAAGAAGAGGGCUGUCCCGAAGGACAUUAUAAAUGCUUUGGUUCAGGGCAAUGCGUUGGCCCAUGGCAAUUCUGUGACGGAAUACCAGUCUGCCCUUACAAUGAUGAUGAAAGUGAAGAAGCCUGUGGAACAUACAACUGUAUGCCUAUGGACUUCGGGUACUGCCAGGGUGUGAUCAACUACACCAGCGCAUUCUUCCCCAACUACUACGGCCAGGAGAACGUGACAGUGAUCGAACAAUCAGACGUCCACCAACUAGCUGUCAGUUUUGCCAAUACAAAUUGCCAUCCUGAUAGCAACUUAUUCUACUGCCACUUGGUGGUUCCGGAGUGUAUCGAGGAUGGGGUCCGAGGCAAACCAGUUUGUCGCGCCGUGUGUGAAGAAGUGCGGCAGGAGUGUUCAGACGAAGUCGACGCUUUACAAGUCCCAUUAACCAAAGAAUGGUGCUACGCAACGUUCCCUGACUCUGUCCACAAUGACACCUGCAUACUUUUUAAAGGAGUCAACUGCACUUUCGAUUACGACUUCUGCAACUGGAACCAAGUUGCGUCUGGAAGUGCAAAUCAGCCAUGGAUGCAAGUAGCCAGCUCUCCGGGACAAGGAAAGCAUGUAGCUUCCAGUGCUUCAUCGUCGCAACUGCUCAUCAGCCCAAGGAUCUAUACAGAUGACAAGUGCAUGAAGUUCCAGUACAAGCUGACAGGAGGUGACAGCAGGGUCCUUGUCAAACUGAUGGGGCCAAAUGGCAUGUCCUGGAACGCCUGGAACACGACAACCUCCAGGUCUGUGAGCAACAACUGGACCACCGCGAGCAUCAGCAUCAGGACGGGUCUAGACUCAGUCCAG